AUGAAUCAAGCGCGUGGUAAAAGAAACCGUGGCCUUAUCUACAAAUAUCCUCGUACUUUUGUGAUCGGGUCAACGAUCGCUGCUUUGCUAGCGUUAUUCUCUAGGCCGAUCUACGACGUGUUCUUCAGUAAAGAGCCCAUCGACUACGAAAAGGUGCUAGCAGAGCACAGGGCACAAAAAGCCAAGAGACAUGGAGUCCGUAAAGAAAGCAAAGCAGAGGUACAAGCAGUACCCCCUACUUCUAGCUAA